GCAAGGCCAUGACUGGAUCAGAUGGGCAGACGCAGGAGUACUGGGGCAGGGGGAUUAGGAACCAUGAGGCAGGGCCAGAGGGUGGCUGCAGCAGUGACAGAAGCAGGACCCCUGUGUUGGGGUUAGAAGUUAAAGGGCAUUUUGGGUUCAAGUGGUCCCCAAAGGGCACUGGGGCAUCAAGGUGCUGAGGAUACAGGGGGUCAAGAAUGCAGAAGGCAUUGGGGGCCAUGGGGCAGGAGAAGCCAGGGGGUUGGGGCACUAGGGGGGUCAACAGCAACUGCAGCAGAGACCGCAGCUGGAUCCACUGGCACAGGGACCUCAGGAACCCAGAGCUUGCAUCACCCUUCCGCAGCGACAGCCCAGUGCCCGCAGCCCCCACACUCAGCACCGCAGCUAGAGAGCUGGCCACUGACCCUGAGCUAGAGAAGAAGCUGCUGCAUCACCUCUCGGACCUGGGGCUGGCGCUGCCCACUGAUGCCCUCUCCAUCUGCUUGGCCAUCUCCACACCGGAGGCCCCCAUCACCCAGCACAGCGUGGAGAGCCUGCUGCAGAAGUUCGCAGCUCAGGAGCUGAUCGAGGUGCGCCGGGGGCUGCUGCAGGAUGACGAGGAGCAGCCCACUCUGAUCACCUAUGCUGACCAUUCCAAGCUCUCCGCCAUGAUGGGCGCUGUGGCCGAGCAGAAAGGCCCCCCUGAACCAGGCAGCGCUGGGGGCCAGAAGCGCUGGGCGGAGCAGGAUGCUGGGGGUGCCGUUCCUUCCCCAGCUGGUGCCACACCCUCUGCCUUGACCACCUUGGAGCUGGCCAAGGAGCCAGCCAAGAAGUCCCGGAAGCAGGCAUCGGACCUGGACCUGGAGAUCGAGAGCCUGCUGAGCCAGCAGUCCACCAAGGAGCAGCAGAGCAAGAAGGUGAGCCAGGAGAUCCUGGAGCUGCUGAACACAACCACGGCCAAGGAGCAGUCAAUCGUGGAGAAGUUCCGCUCGCGAGGCCGCGCCCAGGUACAGGAGUUCUGUGACUAUGGCACCAAGGAGGAGUGUAUGAAAGCCACAGAUGCUGAGCGACCCUGCCGCAAACUGCACUUCAGGCGCAUCAUUAACAAGCACACGGACGAGUCUCUGGGCGACUGCUCCUUCCUCAACACCUGCUUCCACAUGGACACCUGCAAGUACGUCCACUACGAGAUUGAUGCCUGUGCCGACCUGGACACCCCUGGAGGGCGUGACCACAACGCUGGCCAGGAGCUGGUGCUGCCCCAGGCAGUGGGUGGGGACCCCAGCAUCGACCGCCUCUUUCCACCGCAGUGGAUCUGCUGCGACAUCCGCUAUCUGGACGUCAGCAUCCUGGGCAAGUUCGCGGUGGUCAUGGCUGACCCGCCUUGGGACAUCCACAUGGAGCUGCCUUACGGCACCCUGACCGAUGAUGAGAUGCGGCGCCUCAACAUCCCCGUCCUGCAGGACGAAGGGUUCCUCUUCCUCUGGGUCACUGGCCGGGCCAUGGAGCUGGGACGCGAGUGCCUCAAUCUCUGGGGGUAUGAGCGGGUGGACGAGAUCAUCUGGGUGAAAACCAACCAGCUUCAGCGAAUCAUUCGCACGGGGCGGACAGGGCACUGGCUGAACCAUGGCAAGGAGCACUGCCUGGUGGGGGUCAAGGGGAACCCCCAAGGCUUCAACCGGGGCCUGGACUGCGACGUCAUCGUAGCCGAGGUCCGUUCCACCAGUCACAAGCCGGAUGAGAUCUACGGCAUGAUCGAGCGCCUCUCUCCUGGCACUCGCAAGAUCGAGCUGUUUGGCCGCCCUCAUAAUGUGCAGCCCAACUGGAUCACCCUGGGCAACCAGCUAGAUGGCAUCCACCUCCUGGACCCUGACGUGGUGGCCCAGUUCAAGCAGCGCUACCCAGACGGGAUCAUCUCCAAGCCCAAGAACAUGUAGGGAAUGGGAGGGGACAGGGGGCUAUUUCAUAAUAAAACAAGAAAACUGGU